CCUGGAACCGCUUGGUUGCGCACUAGACGUGUACCUGCAAGCAGAUGUAGACUAUUGACGUGGUGAAACGAGAAGCUCAUGCGCAGCUGCUAGUACAGCUCAAGGGACGCGAGCAGCGUGCGGAAGAGCCCCCUGCAAAAGACCCUACGAAACGGGAACUACUGCCAGGCCUGAGGUCCUGCAACUGCCACGGGGGUCGUGGAUCUGCUGCCACCGCCGGCCCAGCGCCUGCAGUCAGAGGUCACCAGUGCACCGGGAGAAGAAGCAGCCGUCUGCCACUCUUGCUGUAGUGUGGCCUUUUCAUAAGCGCUACGGUUUCGUGCAGAUAACAUUGACAAUCCUAUAACGCGAAGGGAGAUGGUGGCGAGCGGAGCACGCUUCCCAUCUUUCCCGUCAUGGGAAAUGCGAGGCUCUGUGCCGUCCCUUCCCUGCCUCUCCUCGCAUCCUGCUUCCCUCCUCUUACCUGGAGGCUGGGCUCCUCCCCGUCUUUCUCUCGGUUGCUCCGGUGCAGCCGCGCCGCGGCCUUCCCCUAGUGGCGGCUGGCUUCUAGGCUGCAGUGGGGCAGGCUGCUGGCCCUGCGUGUUUGCGGAGAUAAAGAAUAGGGUCCCUUGUGCGUUCAUUCAGCGUCCACACUAGACCAUCAGCCAAUAAAGCAAAGGAUCUUCCUUGGAAAUGCUCACAUUCCGCUAACGAAAAGUCAACUUUUAAAAAUAGCAAUGCAGUAUAUAAACCACUGUGCCUGGUUUAGCACUGAGGAUUAUGGUCUCGAGAUGCCUAUAUUCCUACAAGUGACCCAACUUAAUCCUUUAUGGCUGAGUAGUACUCCCUUGUGUUUAGAGAAACCCAGAGCGUAAAUAACUUGAAGCAAAAUAAACGAUAAUAGGAAACAAGAUGGACAUCGUGCGAAUGGGAAGAAGGUGAAAAGCAGCGAGUUGUGCUAUGUAGAUGCACCAGCUCCCCACGAUGAACGUAUCCACUACGUAUCCCAAGCAUGUACUGGUGAAACCUUUCUCUUUUGUAUUACUACUUGGUUCUCAAGGAACCAGGAUGUCUUCAGCUGAUGUAAUCUUGUCAUUGAGCUCCACAGCUUCAUGGACCACUGAGGCCUCCUCUGUGACUGAAGAGAUGAACCUCUCACCGGACCUGUAUGCAACCCCUGGGGACAGGCUGGACGCCUUCCUAGAGCACAGUCUUCAGCCCCAGGGGGACUGGAAGGAAGAUGCGCAAGAUGCCUGGCAGCGAGUGGAGAGGUUCUUCCGGGAUCUUUGCUUCCGAGAUCAGCUGGUUUUGGACCAAGAAGUCAAGGUGCUGAAGGUGGUGAAGGUCCGGUCCAGGAAGAGCAGUGAUGUCAUCCACAUGGAUGUGCUCCUGGCCUUCGAUGCUCUGGGAUCCCUUUGCCUGAACUGUAAACCAGCACCACAAAUCUAUGAAGAUUUAGUAAACAGCUGCAGCCAUCCCGGGGAGUUCUCAGCAAGCUUCACAGUCUUACAGAGGGACUUUGUGAAAAUGCGCCCUAUUAAACUGAAAAACCUCCUGCGGCUGGUGAAGUUCUGGUACCUGAAGUAUGUGAAACCUCAGUAUCAAAAAGUAGCUCUGCCCCCAAAAUAUGCACUGGAGCUACUGACCGUCUAUGCCUGGGAAAUGGGUACUGACCAAAAAGAGAACUUCAACAUGGAUGAAGGACUUGCGGCUGUGAUGACCCUUCUCAGAGAUUAUGAAGACAUUUGCAUAUACUGGACCAAGUAUUAUGAUUUCCAAAGUGAGACCGUCAGAAAUUUCAUCAAACAACGAUUGAAGAAGAGCAGGCCCAUUAUCCUAGACCCAGCUGACCCCACCAACAACCUGGCCAGGGGAAGAAGGUGGGAUCUGAUGGCCAAAGAGGCUGCUUAUUGCCUGCAGCAGGCCUGCUGUUGGACUGAAGACCCCAGCGGGCGCUGGCAUGUACAGCGAGCAAGGGAUGUUCAGGCGACAGUGAAACAGACAGGGAAGGAGGACUGGACACUCUCAGUGGAUCCUUAUAGCCCCAUCAGGAAGAUGAAGGCAGAGAUCAAGAUAAGAAAUGACAUCUGUGGCUAUCAGCGCCUCUCCUUCCAGGAGCCAGGAGGGCAGAGGAAACUGCUCAGCAGCCAGAAGACCCUGGCAUACUAUGGGAUCUUCUCUAAGGUGAACAUCCGGGUGUUGGAGACCUCCCUUGAUGAGAUCCAGGUCUUUGUGAAGGAUUCUAGUGGCCAGAGCAGGCCUUAUGCCAUAAAUCCUGAUGACACCAUCCUUGACUUGAAAGAAGUAAUUGAAGAAGCUGGAGGACCUUGUGUGGAGGAUCAGACCCUGAAGUUCCAGGGUCGGAACCUGAGAAAUAAUCACUGCCUUGAAGACCUAGAGAUCAAAGAUUGUGACACCGUCCUGCUCUUUAGGAGAAGCUGAACAUCCCCACGACUGCCUGUGGUCAGGCUGCUCAUGAUGUAGACUCCUAUGGCCCUGUUCCCCCACCCCACCCUUUUCUACUCACUGUGCUCUUUCUGAAGCCUAAAUAUGAACGUACCCCUCCCCUGCCUAAAAUCCUUCAGUGUCUCCCCAUUACCUAGAGAGUGAAGUUCAAAUUCCUGUCCUUGACCUUCAAGAUCCCUUGCUUACCCCUCAAUCUCCCCUCGCCUUUUAAAACACACCAGCUGUUCCCUAACACUUGCAAUUCCAGAACACUAACUCCUGGGUCACGACGCCAUCACUUGAAGUCACCUGUCCUUCUCCUUGUCCGUGUUUCCAUCUUUCAAUGUCCAGACAUCUAAAUCACUGAAUCUCAAAGCACACCAGCAUAAUCAGUAACACUUCAAAACUUCUUAGAAAGGAAAAUUCUCAGCUCCUCUCCCAGACUUAACCUGAGUCUGAUUCUCAGGUGGUCAGACUCAGCAGCCUGUGUCUUAAUAGAUCUUCCAAGUAAUUUUAAUGCAUGCUCAAUUUGUAUACGCCAUACGGUUGACCAACUCAUCCUUUUCCUUUAUCCUCUCCCUUCACCCAGAUUUAACUUCUGUGAAGCCUUCACUGUGUUCCUUUGUUGGAUCGAUUCCCUGGUCAAAUGAAACUUGCCAAAAACUGUCUUAUUGCUUGUCCCCUGUGAUCUAUAAUGGUACCUGCCCGGUAUCAACUCUUGGCACAU